AUGAGGAACAACACCAGCCAUGCUACUGUCCAGUCUAACUGGGGUGGUGCCAUUCUCGGUGGCUCAGGCUUUACCGCAGCUUCAGCAACUGUAACUGUGCCCAGAGGCGGCGGUGGUUCAAGUGCUGCAGGUUCUGCUUGGGUCGGCAUUGACGGUGCCACCUGUGACACCGCCAUCUUGCAGACUGGUUUCGAUUUCUAUGGUGACGGCACAUAUGACGCUUGGUACGAGUGGUACCCUGAAUUUGCUGCCGAUUUCUCCGGCAUUGAUAUCAGCGAGGGCGACCAGAUUGCCAUGUCCGUCGUGGCUACAUCCCUGACCGGCGGCUCUGCCACUCUUCAGAACCUGUCCACGGGUCAAAAGGUGACUCAAACCUUCAGCCGCGUCACUGCAGGCUCUCUUUGCGAAACCAGUGCCGAGUUCAUCAUUGAGGACUUUGAGGAAUGCAACUCGAAUGGUAGCAACUGCCAGCCAGUUCCAUUUGCCUCUUUCAGCCCUGCUAUUCAGUUCACCUCUGCUUCAGCUACACAAAAUGGACAGAAGGUCUCUCUCAGCGGUGCUGAACUCAGCGAGGUCAUUGUCAACAACAAGGAUUUGACCAGGUGCUCUGUCUCUGGCAGCACUCUCUCUUGCUCUUACGUCUAA